AAAAAACUUGUUCUAUCUAGCAAAACCUCCUAAAAUGAACAGAGACUACUUUCAUAGAGAUGAGUUGUUGCAUGACCAUGUUUUUGGGAUGAAUGACGUUCCGGGUGGGUGAUGCGUUUGAAUCACAAUUAACGAGGACAAAGAUUCUGUCUCCUACAACGCCCUUCGCGAGCCGCGUGGCCGAGCCACUUUUGUGUAUGAGUGAAGGUGCUGGCAGGGAUCCCGAGAACGGAGGACUGCUACCUACCAUGGGCAUUGCUGCAGACGCAAAUCGGAGGCCAGCGCCAUUUUCGGUGCCUGGUCUAGCAUGGUAUGCAGAUUGCUAUGUCGCGAUGCACGCUUUUUUUGCGCUCUCCUUUGCGUCAGUCGCGCUUUUUCUCCCGGAAAUGUUCUCGCUCUUCUGUAAUAUGGAGAUACCUGCCGACAGCGUUGCCGCAGAUUGUAUUUUCCUGUUGGUUUGUUUGAAUUUGCACUUACGUUGCUCGUAUGCUAUUAGUCGAGGUGUCUCAUAAUUAGUUGGAUAGAUAAACAAAAAUGUUCUAGAUUUUCUGUGCUAUCUGUUGCAGAGGACGGGUCUAGUAAGUAGUACUAGAAGGAAGCAUAAUUUCAAUUUCUCUCACAUCAACCACCACACCAGGUAUUCGAUGGUCAAGUCCGUUCAUUUUUGGAUUCGGAUUUCUUGCUAUCACUUCCCUUUAUCUGGACGUACAGGCGAGAACGUAUAUCGCGCGGGUGUAUGUUAUGAGUUCGAUUAACGGAUUCAAUUCAUCAGAUUCCAUUCUUAGGCACGUUGUCGAAUAGAUUCAAACCAUCAGACUUAAUUCAUCUUCCGUGCAAUGCCUUCGUUUUACAUGAAUCGAAGAAAUGAGUUGUUAGACAUCUUCUAAUCUUGUAGCUUCCUUUGUUAUCGCCGUGUGUUCAGGCUGUCGCGCGCAAUCUACCGGACGUUGGAAUUCGUUACACCCCUUGAAUAUCGCAAUUUUUGCCUCACUAGCUGUAGGUUACCUUGUCCUCCUCGUUUCGUUCCCCCACGCUUUAGACCGAGCAAACGCGAAGAGACCAUGAGGACGAGCAUAAUUACAGCUGAUGUGACCAGGGCAACUCACAUCUUUGCAUCGGGUUUUCGACGACAUAAUCAAUAGAUCUCAUUCUUCUACGUAGGAGUUUCCCAGUCUUGAUUUUUGCGUUACGACUUAAGAACGAAAUUCACACAGACAUGCACGGAUGAGCGGGUGCUGCGCAAGGUCCCGAAGAUGCAAUGCAUUUUAUUGAUGCUUCAAUGUCCUUCGUCGCUGGCGCAUGUUCGUCGACUAGAACUCACGUUUCGGGAGCCAGAGGUUGAGACCGUUGUACAGAUUAUUUGUGUAGUAGUUGCUACUUGAUUUUUCUCUCCUGCUCGCUCAUGGAACGCUCCUCAUGAAUGUGUGCAGAUUUGGGAGAGUUCUUCUCGCUCUUCCUCCUCAUGAUAGGAGCAAGGUAGGAUCGGACAUGCAUGAUAACAUAGAAAAUGCGCGCAAGAACUGCAUUGCAUACACGAUUUUGGCUACG